CAGAAGCGAACAUGAACUCAACCAGAGCUAUGGACAGCCUGAACAGUGCUUUCUCAAAGAACUUCAUCACCUUUGCUUUUGGUUUUAUCAUCAACUGCAUCAACGGAGCUUUUGUCUACACCUACUUCAGGAGCGAAGCCUUCCAGCGGGACCCCAGGUACGUGCUGUACAUCCACCUGGUGAUCAAUGACAUGAUUAUGCUGACAGUUUCUGUGGCGCUGCAGAUCAUUACCUACACCGUUCCCCUGACCUUCGCUCCCUGCUGCAUCAUGCUGCUCAUCUUAGUCACGACCAACAAGAACAGCCCUCUGAACCUGGCCGGCAUGGCAGUCGAGCGUUACAUCGCUGUUUGCAGACCUCUUCAUCACGUCCAGAUGUGCACGGUGCAGAGAGCCUAUGCUCUGAUUGCACUGAUCUGGGGCAUCUCCUUCAUCCCCGCCCUCACAGACAUCAUCAUCCUCCUCACCACUCAGCCCCUCUCUGUCUUCUCCAGGACAGUCAUCUGUUACCCUUCCUACAUCUACAACACGGUGCACCACAAAGCUCAAAGCCUGGUUGUCCAGGUCCUUCUGUUUUCCUUUGUCUUCCUGACCUUGAUCUUCACCUACCUGAAGGUCCUCUUCGCUGCCCGGGCGGUUUCUGGUUCUGACCAGGCCUCGGCCAGAAACGCCCGCAACACCAUCCUGCUGCACGGAGUCCAGCUCCUCAUCUGCAUGUUGUCGUUCUUGGCUCCCCUCAUCAACAUAGUGUUACUCACCACUUGGCCCCAUGACCGCACCAAAAUCCUCUUCAGCGUCUUUCUGUUUACCAAUGUGCUUCCACGUCUGCUCAGUCCGCUCAUCUACGGCGUCAGAGACAAGAAGUUCAGCAGCCACAUCAGGUUGCACUUCUUCUGUAAUAAAAAAGAAAAGAAGCUGAAUGCGGUGGGACCACGGAGAAGGACAGGUACCACAGUGAAUGGCCUUCAGAAACUUCAUCUUUAAUUUGUAUGUUUUGGUCCAUGAU